GUUUCGUUUUUGAAUGUGUUAGAAAGCAUGGUGUAGAAAUCAUAUCUAACGAAUAGUUGACGUCGCUCAAGCUUUUGUGGGUAUGCUGAAGUAUUUUCCAAGUGCAAGAACUAGCUGUAUAUUUCAAUUAAAGGCUUAAAAAAUCACUUGUGAACGUAUUAACUGGUUUUGUUAAUUCGCAAGAUAAUUAGACCUCCAUUUUCUGUUGUGUGUAACUUGGCGGUAACCAAUCGGCGCGUGAUAUGGUUUAUUUGAAUUUAUAUACAGCAUUUCUAUCCGGAAAUUUUCUAUGCGAGGCCAAAAAUACAGAUUUUUACUAAGCGAAGACGUGUGUGUGUAUGUGUUUGUGAAUAUUGGUUAAUUAAUUUAGUUAGAAUUUAUUUUGUGUUGCUGUUUACGGCAUCGCAAAUGUGUCUAGUAGAAAUUUAUUUGGACCUGUGUUCUACAGUCAUUUUGUGGUGAGGCAGUGCUGGUGAAAUGGAAGUUGCUGAAAACGGUGUGAUCCCCAAUGGGGACCUACACAGUGCACCUAAGAAAGCUUCUUCUAAGAAACUAUCUGUUGAGAAAGUUUACCAAAAGAAGACGCAGCUAGAACACAUCUUACUAAGGCCGGAUACCUACAUUGGGUCCGUGGAGCUGGUCAAGGAGACAAUGUGGGUGUAUGAUGCGGAGGCGGAGCGCAUGGAGCAGCGUGAGAUCUCAUACGUCCCAGGCCUCUACAAGAUAUUUGACGAGAUCCUGGUGAACGCUGCCGACAACAAGCAGCGUGACAAGUCCAUGGACUGCAUCAAGGUGGAGAUAGACACCGCGACAGAUACAAUAUCUGUUUGGAACAACGGGCAAGGUAUCCCGGUAGUGGAACACAAAGAUGAAAAGAUGUUUGUCCCGACCAUGAUUUUCGGCCACCUUCUGACGUCUUCAAACUAUAAUGAUGAGGAGCAGAAAGUCACUGGUGGUAGGAAUGGCUAUGGGGCCAAGUUAUGUAACAUUUUCAGUACAAAGUUUACUGUGGAGACGGCUGCAGUGGAAUACAAGAGAAGUUUCAAACAGGUUUGGGCAUCGAACAUGACCAAGACAUCGGAGCCCAAAAUUAAGGAUUUCUUUGGCUCAGAUUUUACAAAAAUAACCUUCACUCCGGACUUGACAAAGUUCAAAAUGGAAAAACUGGACAAGGAUAUCGUUGACCUCAUGUCCAGGCGUGCGUUUGAUGUGGCAGCUUCCACGAGAGGUGUGAAAGUGUACUUGAAUGGCAAGCGCUUGCCGGUGAAAAACUUUAAGGACUAUAUUGAUCUUUUCAUCAAAGACAAGGAAGAUGACUUUGGAAAGCCUUUGUCCAUUGUGUAUGAGAACUGUAAUGAGCGGUGGGAGGUUGCGGUGACUGUGUCCAAUGAUGGCUUCCAGCAGGUCUCAUUUGUUAACAGCAUUGCAACAACCAAGGGUGGACGACAUGUGGACUACGUCGCAGACAUGAUUACGAAAAAUCUUGUGGAAGCCUUCAAGAAGAAGAACAAGACAGGGUUUCAAAUUAAACCUAACAAUGUGAAGAGUCAUAUGUGGCUCUUCAUAAAUUGCUUGAUUGUGAAUCCCACGUUUGAUUCGCAGACAAAGGAGAACAUGACUCUGCAGCUCAAGAACUUUGGUUCCAAGUGCGAGUUGUCCCCCAAGUUCUUAACUCAGGUUGCGAAGAGUGCCAUAUUGGAUGCAGUGACAUACUGGGCUAAUUCCAAGGCACAGACCCAGCUGCAGAAAACAAGUGGAAAGAAGCAGAGCAAGUUAAAAGGCAUACCAAAGCUGGAGGAUGCUAACGAUGCGGGCACGGCCAAGUCAUUGGACUGCACACUGAUCCUCACGGAGGGAGACUCGGCCAAGACGUUGGCCGUGUCUGGUCUCGGGGUUGUCGGCAGGGACAAGUAUGGCGUGUUCCCGCUGAAAGGCAAAGUCCUGAACGUCCGCGAAGCAUCCAACAGUCAGAUCACUGGCAAUGCUGAAAUAAAUGCACUCAUUAAAAUACUUGGCCUGAAUUACAAGCAUAAGUACGAGACCAUAGAUGACUUGAAGAAUUUGAGAUAUGGACGCCUCAUGAUCAUGACAGAUCAGGACCAGGACGGUUCCCACAUCAAAGGGCUCCUGAUAAACUUCAUUCACCACAAUUGGCCAUCGCUGUUGAAGCUCCCUUUCCUAGAGGAGUUCAUCACGCCCAUCGUGAAGGCUUCCAAAAGCAACCAGGAGCUGUCCUUUUAUUCCCUGCCAGAGUUUGAGGAGUGGAAGUCCCAGACUGACAAUUGGCACACAUACAAGAUAAAGUACUACAAAGGUCUGGGUACAUCCACUUCAAAGGAAGCCAAGGAGUACUUCUCAGACAUGGCAAGGCAUCGCAUCAGAUUCAAGUAUGCGGGUCCGCAAGAUGAUGUUCACAUCAAAAUGGCAUUCAGCAAGAAGUGCAUAGAGGAGCGCAAGGAAUGGCUUACCAACUGGAUGGAGGACAGCAAGCAGCGGCGGGAGCUGGGACUGCCUGAGCAGUACCUGUACGAGAAGGACACACACCAAAUCAACUACACUGACUUUGUGAACAAGGAGCUGGUGCUGUUCAGCAACCUGGACAACGAGCGCUCCAUCCCCUCCAUGGUGGACGGCCUGAAGCCGGGCCAGCGCAAGGUGCUGUACACCUGCAUGAAGCGCAAGGACAAGAGGGAGGUGAAGGUGGCCCAGCUGGCCGGCUCAGUGGCCGAGCACUCAGCCUACCACCACGGUGAGGCCUCGCUCAUGUCCACCAUCAUCAACUUGGCGCAGAACUACGUCGGCAGCAACAACAUCAAUAUGCUGCAGCCCAUUGGGCAGUUUGGCACGCGCCUCACCGGCGGCAAGGAUGCCGCCAGCCCUCGUUACAUCUUCACCAUGCUCAGUCCAUUGGCAAAGUUCAUUUUCCACCCGCAUGACGAGCCGCUGUUGAAGAACCAGUACGAUGACAACCAGAAGAUAGAGCCAGUGUGGUACAUGCCUGUCAUCCCGAUGGUGCUGGUGAACGGUGCGGAUGGCAUCGGCACUGGCUGGAUGACCAAGAUCCCCAACUACAACCCGCGGGAGAUCAUAGCGAACCUCAAGCGCAUGUUAGAGGGUGAGGAGCCCAAAGAAAUGACACCAUGGUACAAGAACUUCAGGGGAAUCAUUGAAAAAGUAAGUCAUCAGAGGUAUGUCACCUUUGGAGAAGUGGGCAUCAUUGCAGAUGACAAAGUGGAAAUAACAGAACUGCCUAUAGGGGUUUGGACACAGAACUAUAAAGAAUCUGUGUUGGAACCUCUGCUUCAUGGUGCAGAAAAGACACCAGGACAGAUCAAAGACUACAAAGAGUACAACACAGACACAACUGUCAGGUUUGUUGUGACGAUGAAUGCAGAGAAGCUAAUGCAACUUGAAUUUGAUGGCCUGCACAAGUUUUUCAAGUUACAGACAUCGUUCACAACAACAUCUAUGUGCGUAUUUGAUGGCAACUUAGUGAUGAGGAAGUUUGAAUCUGUAGAAGAUAUCUUAAAAGAAUUCUACACCUUGCGCCUUUCUUUCUACGAGAAGAGGAAGGCUUAUUUGGAGGGAAUUCUGUCAGCAGAGUCUCUGAAGCUCAGCAACCAAGCGAGGUUCAUUUUGGAGAAGUGUAGUGGGGAGCUGGUUGUUGAGAACAAGAAAAGGAAAGUGAUGAUGGAUGAGCUGAAGAAGCGAGGCUAUGAGGAAGAUCCUGUUUAUCAGUGGAAAAUGAAACAAGACAAGGAAGCCGCACUGGCAGAGGCGCAGGCGCGGGAGGACGCGGAGAGCUCCCAGACGGAGGAGGAGCAGGACAAGCUGACCACAGAGUCCUACAACUACCUGCUGGGGAUGACCAUGUGGUCGCUGACCUUGGAAAAGAAGGAGGAGUUGCUGCGCAAGCGGGACGAGAAGCUGCUUGAGCUCAAGGUCCUGCGGGAGAAGUCCCCGGCCGUGCUGUGGCACGAGGACCUCGACAAGCUGCUGGAGGAGCUGGAGCGUGUGGAGGCCCAGGAAUUGGAGGAGGCGAACUCGGCGGGCAAGAAACUGGCCAAGUUGGGCAAGAAGCAGGCCGCGGUGCCGGCCAAGGGCCGCAGGGGCCCCGGACCCUCCACUGCAGAGACCCUGCCAUCCCCCACGCGCAGGAUCAUUCAGCCCAAGGCCGACGACGAGCUCAAGAAGAAGUUUGAGAAGGCUGCUGCUGUAGCAAAGGUUAAAAAGACUACUAAAAAACCAAAAACUUCAGCUGAGAAGGAUGAGUUUGAUUUGAUGGCUGAUGGUGAGAUCAAGACUAUAGAGCAGAGAAUUGGCAGUUCUCCUGAUAUGGUGAAAAAGAAAGCUGCUGCAAGAAAGAAGGCAGAACCUUCAAAGCCACGUGCACCCAAAGGUGAAGGGUCACCCAAGAAGGGCAAGAAGAAGAACCCGUGGGAGUCGGACAGUGACAGCGAAGGUGGCAAGAAGAAAAGGAGGAAGAGGAAGGGCAGCGACGACAGCUCAGAUGAGUCUGCGCUGUCAGAGGUCGACUCGUUCGUUCCGCCAGCCAGGACCACGUCUCGCAGAUCCGUGGCUGUGCCCAAGAAGUACACCUUUGACAGCGAGGAUGAAGACAAGGAUGACGACGAUGACGAGUUGGUGCUGCACGACAACGAGUUGGAUGACGGCCACGUGCCAGUCAAUGACGACAACCUCGAUGAUGCAGUUGCAGAAUCACAGACGGUCAUUGACGUUAGUGAUACAGACAGUGAUUUUGAUGCCCCAAAAUCGAAGGUGAAGUCUAAGAAAGGCGCAGUACCUCUAAAUACGUCCGAGUCAAUGUUUGACUCAUUGGUUGGCAGCAGUUCAAAGGAAGACAAGCCUGAACCUAAGAAAAAAGCUCCACAAAAGAAGAAAUUGUGGCAACAAGAAGAUAGUCAAAAAUCUGUAGCGAAGAAGGCUCCAGCCAAGAAGAAGGCAGCAAAGAAAAAAGAUUCUUCAGACGAAGAUUCAGACGGCUCAUUUGCACCUAAGGCGAAGAAGAGCAAAAAGGUUGCUGCGUCCACAUCGGACAGUGAGACUUCGGCGCCGCGCAAGCAGCUCAGCGGUCGCGCGCGCAAGCCCACCAAGUUCACCUUUGACGACGACUCAGACGGAGACGUCGACUCAGACUAGGUGCCGUGCCAUGCUGUGCCGUAUUCUGGCACCCGAGACUCGUGCAAGCACCAGGUGUACUUGUUGAUUACUUAAAGACUUGUUUAUAAUUAUUUUUAUUAGGACUUAGUGAUGUGUUGGCACAUUUUAGAUGUGCAUGUCAGUGGUAUUCGUCAAGUGAAAUUUCACAUAAGAAUAUUUCUGUGGAACGUUUUGCCGUAAAAUGGGAAUGUAACCCGGAAUAUAAUUUUAAAAAAGGACAUAAGGACGUACAUUGUAAUGUUUAAUAGAGUGUGUAUUUCAUAACUUUAAGAACGUUUUGUAAUCGUUUCAUGGGAAUGUUUUAAGUAUUUCACUGUUUGUGCUAUUUUUAUUUGAAUUUUUAUAACUUACUCAGAACUUGAUUGUCCCUUGUCCCUUUGUGUUUGUUAGUAAAAGUGAGUUUAAUGUGAAUGUAGGAACAAGUAAUUGUUCAACCAUUGCCAUUAGAUUUGACAUGUUUAAGAUAGUCUAUAAAACAUAAUACUUUUUUUGCAUUUAGCACAGUAAGUUGUGAUUCAGUAUUGAUACUUAAAACAUUGUGUAUGUUUUAACUAAUGUGUUUUUUUUUUUACAAAUUAUUGUGAAUUUUGCAUGUGAAAGUAUGAAAAAAUUGUACUAUUUCUUGGCUAAGUUCAAAACGUGAGUUAAUAGUACUUUUAUUACCUUGUACCUUGUAAUUUUGUGAUAUAUCUGUUACAUAUACACAAGUUUUACAAAGGAGGAGCUUCUUUUUAGAAAUGUAAUUGAUACUCAUGAUAUUGUUUUGAGUCUUGAUAUGAAUUCAAUAUUGUGUUUAACAUUUGGUAUUGUACAAAAUACAUUUUUUUUUCUGUGCAGAUUUUCAGUAAAAUAGCAUUGCAGAUGUAAGUUUAUAAAUAAUUAGAUGUGUGCUACUUGAGAAGACACUGUAAUAAGUUGGUAAUGACCUGUGUGGAAGUAAGGACUAGUGUGCAUAUUUGUGUGAAAUACUUAAAAAAAAAAAAAAAAUU